CAAAACACCAAAUGCAAUGCUGCCAUGAGUUCUUUAAAUGCAAGCUUUUCCCAGAAUAUCUCCAUUAUUCAUCCUAAAUACUUUUUCAUUGUUGGACUUUCAGGAAUACCGUACAGCAGUUAUUACUAUAUAUUCUUAUUUAUGAUUUAUUUUAUUACUGUAAUUGGGAACUCUAUAGUGCUUCUCAUAAUUGCUCUUGAACGAAGCCUGCACAGUCCAAAGUACAUUGGUGUGUUUAAUUUGGCCUUGGCUGAUAUUGGAGAAACUAAUGCACUGAUUCCUAACAUGAUGAAGAAUUUUCUGUUUGACUCACAGUAUAUCUCCUACAAUGCUUGUUUGGCAAACAUGUUUUUUGUGUUCCUCUUCAGUUCUAUACAAAGUGUCACUCUUGUUGUUCUGGCAUAUGAUCGCUUCAUUGCUAUUUGCCUGCCAUUAAGAUAUCAUGCUCUUGUAAACAAUACCAGUAUUGUUUUAGUUUUCUCAGCAGUUUGGGCAUUUAAUUCUUCUGUUGUGGGCUUGAUGGUGUCUUUGAUUACCCGACUUUCAUUAUGUGAAUCUAAUGUGAUACAGAGUUAUUUUUGUGAUCACGGACCAGUGUUUAGGUUGGCAUGUAAUGACAACAGCAUUAAUAAGAUCAUUGCAUUUCUUGUCUCAGCUUUAUACCUUGUAGGACCAUUGAUCAUUAUAUUCCUUUCAUAUAUGGGAAUUUUUCUUGCUUUAAUCAAAAUUACAACUUGGCAAGGACGUUUAAAAGCUCUAAAGACCUGUUUCUCUCACCUGUUUUUAGUAGGGAUAUAUUUCCUGCCAAUGUGCUGCUCAUACGUUGCUGCAUUAUUGGAUUCUCUCACACCCAAUGCAAGGAUCAUCAGCACCUCUCUGGCUUAUGCUAUUCCACCGAUGCUAAAUCCUAUCAUUUAUGUUUUAAAGACGGCUGAAAUCAAAGACAUCAUUCAAAAAGUGCUUCAAAACAAAUCUGCACCAAUUAGAGAGAACAUUUCUAAAUGACUGAAAUGUCUAUUUAUUUAUAUUUAAUGAUUGGGAAUUAUAUUACUGGUCACACUUUAUUUUAAGGUCCAAUGCUUGCUAUUAACAAACCAUUAACUGUGACUUUUGCCUCAAUAAACUCUGUUUAUAGUGAGAAUUGGUCUUACCAAAGUCUUACCAAAUUACCCAUAUAAAGUCUACAUACUCAGGCCUCACAGAGUUAUUUCUUUUGCUAAACAUUAUAAGAGAUUUUGAAGAAUGUAGGUAACAGUUGCUGGUCCCCAUAAGUCUUUAUGAAUUAAAGUAAAAAUAAUGUCAGUGAACAAUCUUUUAAUGAAUGCAUAAUUUGAAAAAUUAA